AUGAGCUCUCUCGGCGUCGGCACGGCCUCCUCGCCCAUCUUGAUCGACGACGACUCGGACACAGAAGUAGAGGCGCAGGUGCUCCCCGUGCCACACCCGCAGCCGCAGCCCCAGUUGGAACUCAGCAGCAGCACUGUCAAUAAACGCCCACGUGCACCUACAACGCCUCGCGCUCCUCGCGCGAUGGAGGAGAGGCGCAAGGGAAAGAAGAUAGCAAGCGAUACUGUCGGCUUUCAGAUGCUUAUGCGUAUGGGUUACGAACCUGGCAAAGGUCUUGGGCUCGAGCUUGAGGGUCCUUCUGAGCCGCUGGCACCGGAACAUCGGCCAGUAUUCAAUAAGCUUGGUCUCGGAGGCGUGCACAAGCAGUCACCAACACCGUCGUCUGCGCCCGAGCUUGAACAAGGUACGAACGUAGAGAAACCACUGACGAAGAAACAGCGUAAGCUCGCGGCGCAGGCGGAGCGUCUUGCUCAGGCAAGGGGCCAACUGCAAGCUGGGCCGUCAAAGCUGAAGACGACCCCUCGAGCACCCAGAGCCAUGACCAGGCCGCCUUUGCCCGACAUGGACUCCAUCCCCACUGCGCCAAAUCAGCAGGAUGAAACGCAGAUCGACGAUCAGGAUGCAACGUUCUUCAUGCAACAACCCGCUACGUUCUUCCCGAACUCUCAGGCCGCGAUGCAGAUGCAGAUGGCGCAGAUGGGAAUGGGCAUGGGCAUGCCGUUCUUCCAGCCCAUGUUUGACCCAAUGCUUGGGUUCCCUAUGGACGCAGCCUUCCUGGCCGCCCACCAAGGCAUGGCUUUCAAUCCCAACUUCUUCGCCGAUCCAUUCAACGCUCCAAUGCCGCCUUCGCCCGCCCUUCCGACAGAACCUCGCGCAGCUCGCAAUAAGGCCGCCAACACGCAGAAGCCGCCUUCGCCGUCUUCCAACGCAGCUUCUUCGUCCAAAUCUGGAAAGGAGCCUGCCGCUGUGCCCGAUAGGAGUGUCGAGCAUAUCAUACGUGGCAUAACGUACCGUCCUUCCCUCGGGCCUAUCGGCGUGCGCAUCCAAGCGUCUCCUGACACCGACUACUCCACGCGUAACGGCGGCGUCCCAGGAUGCUUUCAGUACUACCCGGAGUUGACCUUCAAGGCGGACCCGAACCGUACGAUCGUGCUCGAGACGAUGCCUCGAAAGCUUCGCACGAUCGACUUUGUCGAGCGCUGGGUGGCCCAAUUCGCAGGAGAUGAUCCACCGGUCAAGGCGUCCCAGAUACUCUUGCGUGAUACGAAGGCGCUUGUGGAGUUCACCGCUGAAGCUGGUGCUGCGCGGGCUUUUGCGAGUCCGCGUAUGAAUGGCAAUGGCGGUCAGCCUGGUAUUCGCGCGUACGCGUACCUCCGACCUGGAGAGAAACCGCGCGAACCACCAUUUAUCCAGAUCGCGAUUGCGAGUCCGCAGUGGAAGGAUGUCAUCACGCCGCGCGAUGUACUGCUACGACUGUCUGACCCAACGCGCCCGGCUUCGAAGCUUUUUGGGCCAGAGGACGAGGACGUCAGUCGACAGCUGGCUGCGAGGAGAGAGAAGGGCAAGCAGAAGGAGGUUCCACAAGCUCACGUCGAAGUUCAGGUCAACGACGAUCUCGAGGAAGGGGAGUUGGUUGAGACUUCGACGGCGCCAGCUCUUCCAGCACAACCACGCGCAGCGCCCUUAUCCUCAACCACACCCACCGCGCCAAAGAACAAUGCCAAACGCUCCGCUCGGAUGAAGCUCGACAAUAGAUCCUUGGGCGGCGAGACAGUGGCCUCUACUUCAGGGGCCAAUCGAGACCCCGUGCCAUUGUCUACAGUCUCGGUUCAGGAUAGCGCUGCAUAUGAGGCCGCGCUCCGUAGUCGCAUCAAGACACGCGCCUUAAAGCGGACCCGAGACGACGCGUUUGGUCCUCAACCACCACCAUCACGAUCCGCCACCCUCCCAUCGCUACCUCCACCCCUUGCGCCUGCUGUACUGCCGCUUAAACCUGCUGCAAUCAUCUCUUCUUCUGCAUCAUCUUCUCGCUCAACGUCGACACCUGCUCUUACACCGACAUCUGCAACCUUCAGCGCUCCAUACAUCCCUAGCACCCCCAGCACUUUCGCUACCGAAUCUGCAUCCGUCGCCUUACCUUCCACUCUCAUCACCAUGGACGCCGAAGCUUUUCUCAUGGAUACUCUCCGCGAUGCCAAGCGGCAGCGCGUGCUCCCUCAAGAGCCGCGCGAGGCUUUCGCCUUCCACUGUGCGCGGCGCGAUGCGCUGCUCAGCGAGUUCAACGCGGUCAUGGCGAAGCAAACCACCGCAACUGAUCGCGAGAACAAGCGCGCGCUUAGCGCGCAUCUGAAGGAGAUCAUGGCGGAUCUCGAGAUCACACGUAAGGCCGUGAACGAGGCGAAGGCUCUGGUAGACGCGCUCAACGCUACACCGACCCGGACACCGGCUCCGCCCUCUCCUAUGGCUCAGCGGCGCGUAAGCCCGCCAUCCCGCAUUUCCAUGUCUCCUCAGCCGGGCCACAACAUCAACAAUAUCGUCGGGGAUGUACUGCCGACGCCGACCCCAGGCUGCUUGUUCCCGAAUCCCACCGAUGAUUCGCGGGCUGGUUUGGCUGUGCCUUCGCAAGUACUCUCUCACUGCUUUACUACGACGUUCAUCUCCAUUUCAGACAUCGGUUCUCUUUGCGUCGUUAGAUACACAAGGUUCUACUCACUACAUCUGUCCAUCUGUACUAUCAACACACACUCAUUCCUUUCAUUGUUCCGUUACGUUUCACAUGUUCUGCUCAUUGCUCUCUAG